AUGUCUCCCAUCAAUCACGCUGUUUCUGAUAACACUGUUGGCCAAUUGGCAUCUUCGUCCAUUAAGCAAUCCCAGUACCGAGCUCACAAGCAUCACCGCCGCACUUCGUCUACCGGUGGAGGCAGAGCAUGGACCGAGGAAGAGGAAGCUUACCUCUUACGAACCCGGGUGCAAAAGAUGCCGUACAAGCACAUUGCCGCACACUUGAAAAAGACGGAGCUCGCCUGCCGCUUGCAUUACCAUCAAAUGUCAUAUGGCAACAAUGCACGCCGGCGCACCGACUCCAUUUCCUCUACGGUAUCUCUCAACUCGGUUUCUACCUCGCAGCAAGAUAUACCGGAGAAUAAUCUGCAUCACACGCGGUUAUCUCCAGUGACAUCUCCUCCGCGCAGCCCAGGAAUGGGUUCGCAGAAAUGGGGGGCUCCGGAUGAUAAGAUAUCCUCCCAACAGCAGCAGCAGCGCGCACAUGUACCCAUCCUACCAAAACAGGAUGCGAAGUACAUGCCACUACUACCACGUCUUGAUACAUACUUGCCUCAGACAGGAGCAGACAAGCCGGUUUCUGACUACUCUCGUGUGCGGGCACUCUAUGAGGCACAUCGUGAAUCAUUUUGGUCCAUGAUUGCAGCCGAAUACUCAUCCGAAUUCCGUGUAUCGGCCCAUGCAAUUGAACACGCAUUUCUUCAAAGCCUGUCUCUGGGUCUGGGUCGAGAGCAUUCGCCACCAACUCCGAGACCAAGCCCAGAGGCCUCGCCGAAGCCGCAGUCACACGGCUAUCAUGGUUCUACUGUGUAUAACAGGGGCUUUCAAGCUGUCAAUAGUGUUUCCGCAUCGACUUCUUCUAGUAUUCCAAGUAUUAAAACGCCGAGCUCGGCAGAUAGAUGCUCUGUCUAUGCGUUACUGACAGAAGAAAGAGAAGUGAGGCCUUCAGGGGGACAGCUACAGGCUGUCUAG